AUGGCUUCACCUGCCACGCCCGGUAUGCAGCCCCAAUGGAUGCACUGCGAUUUGCUGGCUUACACUAUUCUGGAGGAAGUCAGUGCGCAGAUCUCAUCCAACUGCCGUACUCUGGGAGAUCGCCUCCAGAGUGCUUGUCGCCUGGCUCUGCAGCAGUUGCCAGAGGACAAUGCUGCUUCGGCUGGUGCGUGCUCUGAAUUCCUGUCGACGUUUGCCAGUUUCAGCACUGCUCUGAUGGCGGUUGCCGGUGACUUGGAGAUAAUUGUCACUCAGCCGCUACAGCGAACCAUCGCUGUGCUUGUCGAAGAAAGCACCGGGCGUGCCAAGCAUUUGCAGCAGGUGCGAAAACGCUUCGCAGAUCUGCAGGACAAAUAUGCAAAAACUCGGCAGAAGACCGUUGAUGCCAAGUCCAAGCUCGCAAAUGGAGGUGACAAGCGCUGGUGGCGUAAGCCGGAAAAAGCAGCUGCAGACCAGCAUGCAGCAGUUUGCGAUUUGGCAUGUUGCGAAGAGGAGCUCGUGGCAAGCGAAGCCAGUCUCCGCAAGCUGGAGGACGAAAGCCGUGAGCGUUUGGAGCAGCUAGAGCUUGAGCAGAAGGCCACGCUUCAGCGGGUCCUGCAGCAGGGCAGAUGCUCUUUGCGCCGUCUGUUGCGAGUAGCAGAUGAGGUUCCUCCCAUGGAAGAGUUUCAAGGAGUGAUGCCUGGAGUGGAUUUUUCGGCAUCUUGCCUGAAGGAGGUUGUGGAGGCUCGUUCACCAGGUGGACCUUCCCAGCCGGACAGAGACAUGGACGCUGGUAUGGACUCCAUGCCCGAUAGAUUCGCCCGAUAUCUUCCAGGUGCGGAUUUCGAUGGCGACCGUGACAAAGACAUCGAGGUCAAUGCAGCUGCUCGAGCUGCGGGCUGGUCGCCUGACUCGACUUCUUCCAGGAGCAGGCGAUCAAUGAAGCAAGGUGCGCUGAUCUUUGAGAGCGACAUAUCUUUGCAAGUCCUCGCAAAGCCGGCAUUUCGACCAGGAUCCCGGGCCAUGGCUCACGAGGCCUCCAAGCUUUCAGAAGACGAGCGAGGCUCGAGUGUGCUUGAGGAGUGCCGCCAGACUGCGCCAAAUGGCUGCUCCAGUGAAGAGGAAGCAGACAGCGCUCCAUCGCAUGGAGAUACAGUACCUGCGACCAACAUAGAGUUGCAGCUUUCGCCCUUGGUUGCGGAGCAGCCGCAGAAGAGUUUCGAGCGAUACAUGAAGCGCGUCCCAGAUAAUCUAGCUGCUGCUGCAGAGACGAGCUGGGACAAGAUUCAAGCUUGCGCAGCAGAGCAGCCUUUGGGCAGCAUCGUGGGCAAGCUGGAACUUUUCUGGAUCCACCAGCCAGGACAGGUUCCUGAGGCGGACACUGUGGAUGGCCUUGUGUGCUUUCAGUUUGUUCAAGGACAUGCAACGCAUUACGCACGCAUUGUCCAUCUCUCGGUGGCUUCCCCGCAGGUGCUCCAGUCCGCAGUGCUGCACGUGAAGAGGCUGAUUUUUGCGACUUUGCCGGUGCACAGCUUGCGAGCCACCGUGCUUGCUGCUGAAGAUGAUGACCGUCGUAUUUGCAUUGAUCCGCAGGUGGAGCGUGCCUAUCACCAGUGCGGCUUUAGGUGGUUUCAGCUGACCCAAAAGCUGCGGCGGAAAAAGGCAGCGUUCUUGCGCUAUCGCAAGUGCCGAUCUUUGAGAUUCAUGGUUCUUCAUUUGCCUCGGACAGACGCUGAUUCGCCUGCCCCAAGAGAUUUGGUAGGCACAAAGGCUCCGUUGUUGCUGCGAAGUGAGUCAACACAGAACUCUCCAAUGCCUGAAGAUUCAGCGGAUGAGUUGUCCUUCAGCGCCUGGUAA